AUGAGCUCAGGCCCCCGCCAGCCGCACCAGCUGUCUGUAACAGCCCCCGAGGCUGCCAAACCGCCAGGCGCGCCUCAUCACUUUAUUGUGUGCAUCUGCUGCAAGCCCAGCUGUGUGUCGUUUUUAGGGUAUUUUUAUUUUAUUUUAAUACUUUUCCUAAUAAAGGAGGUUUCUAAUGUAGGUUUCUCUCAGGCUUUCUUUGGUUAUAUUUGGAAACACACAAUUAGUCUUACCAAUCAGGACGGGGAUUGUCGUGGGCGAAGGGGAGAGGUGCUCACACCGCAGCCCCUCUUCCAGCCUCACUGCUCACUGCUCCCGGGGCACGUCCUCCUCAACGCUGCACUGGUGGGAGGGAAGUCCUUUCCUUUCUCUGUUUUUUCUCAUAAAAAUAAAAUUUAA